GCGUCUCACCGCUGGCAAAGGGGGACGGGCGGGCGGAGGCAAAAAAAAAAAAAAACCCUUGAGAGGAAGGUGGGGAUCGAGUCGGCUCUUCCAAGACUUAAGACAAAGUUUGGCGACGCUGCUCCGCGUGAGAGGUUUGCUUUCCGAGGCGUUUGCGUGCACCGGGUGUUUCACUCUUCGGGAUAAUUUCACUUCAGCCUCGCUUGCCAUCGACGUUUGGGGGGUUGGGGUGGCGAGCGCGGGAAAAGAGAAGAGGCAAGAAAGGGGCGACUACUUGCCCGAGGGCGCUUGGGAAGGGAGGGGGUAUCCGGUAUUGGUCGCCGCGUCCCGAGCGUUUCAUUGAUUACUUUCGCUCGCUCCCCAAGUUUACACCCAAGUGAGCAAUGUUGGAGGAGGAGGAGAAGGGAGCCUGUUGCGUCGAUUAUUCCCGGCACGCCCGACCUGCCCGGGAAAAGACCCGGACAUGCCCUAAAGCUGCCUGGCCUGAGAACGGCCGUUCCCUGCGCCUUGGCACGUCCCCCCGUCCUUCCAAAGCCGGGUUGGGGCUGGCUGGCUUGCGCGUUCCCUCGGUCCACACCCCCCACCCCAGUGCCUCUCUUGGCCAGUAUAUUUUUAGGUCAUUGGAGUGGAGGGGUAGGUAAUCCCCGGGCUCAGGUUCCAAAGGAGGCGGGUUCCGGCCGGAGGUGGAGUCACUUUUUCAUUUAAAUCCCCGACUAUAAAAUGGGUUUAAGGAGAAGCGGGAUCUCAUCAGCUGAGGCGCCCAGAGGAGCUGGUGGGAGUGAGCGGCGGGGGAGGCGAGCGGGAGGCUCGGGACCACAGCGUGGGUGCCCAGCAGAGCUGCCACUCCUGCCGCGGCGAUGCUACACUCCGUGGGCGCCCAAACCUUGCAAGCGCUCAGCCAGGUGGCCGCCGGCGUGCUCCUCCUGCCCCGCUUCCUCCUGACCGCUGUGAUGCUCUGGCUCCUGGAUUUUCUCUGCAUCCGGAAGAAACUCUUGCUGACCGCCGCGGCGGCGGCGGCGGCGGCACCUGGUGAGGAGCAAGAGUUGGCGGCAGAGGACGACGGCGACUCGAGCGACGGGACCUGCCCGCCGGACGACCCUCCGCUCUGCGUCUCCGACUCGAACCGCAUGUUCACGCUGGAGUCGCUCAAAGCCGUGUGGCACGGGCAGAAGCUGGACUUUUUCAAGGCGGCGCACGUCGGCGCGACGGCACCCAACCCAGAGGUCGUCCAGCUGGACGGGCGCACGCGGCUGCGCAUCCUGGACUACGCCCGGGGCAAGAGGCCGCUGAUCCUCAACUUCGGCAGCUGCACCUGACCGCCCUUCAUGGCGCGCCUGCGCGCUUUCGAGCGCCUGGCCACGCGCUUCGUGGACAUCGCCGACUUCUUGCUGGUCUACAUCGAGGAGGCUCACCCUUCCGACGGCUGGGUCAGCUCGGACGCCGCCUACGACAUCCCCAAGCACCAGUGCUUGCAGGACCGGCUGCGCGCGGCUCAGCUGAUGAAGGAAGGCGCGCCGGGCUGCCCGCUGGCCGUGGACACCAUGGACAACGCCUCCAGCGCCGCCUACGGGGCGUACUUCGAGCGCAUCUACAUUAUCCAGGAGCGGAAGGUGAUAUACCAGGGCGGCCGGGGCCCCGAGGGCUACAAGAUCUCCGAACUCAGGCGCUGGCUCGACCAGUACAAGAGCAGCCUCCGGGCCGGGCCCAGCACCGUCAUCGUUCAGGUGUAAGGAAGACUCCCCGGCGGAGAGCAAAGGGGACGGGAAGGAAAGAGCGCAGCUCGAACUGCUGCGCUCGCCUUUCCCGCCCCUUUCCAUAACUCCCGAGAGACUCUGUGUGAGUUUUCAUGCGAGACGUUAUUCAAAUCAUGUUGAUUUGCCCAGCACUUGUUAUUGACAUCCAUUUCCACGUGCAGUUUUGUUUCCCUUUAUUUCCGGAUUGCGUGCGUGAACGAACAGUUCUCGCCCUCUCUCCCUCUCUCUCUCUCUUGCGGGGAGGGUGGGGGGACGCGCUUCCUGGUUGUUUUGGAGGGCCUGUUGCUGAGCGUGUGCGUGCACGUGCGGGCUUCGGGUGUACGUGUGCGCGGGUGUUUCCGAUGGGAACGGUCUUCUGCCCUGCACGUGUGUCUGUUGGGGAGAAGUUUCGCGUGCCCGAGCGGCGCGUGUUCUCUCCUUAUUGUUCCUCUCUCUCCGCUCUCCUAGCAAAAACCUUGGCUGGGAGUUCUAGCGUUUCUUUAUGAUGACCGGUUUCGAAAUGGUUUUGGAGCGCCAGGAAACCGAGUCUGAAAUUGGGAGAUGCCAGAAUUGCCAGUUUUGGUUUUUGAGGAAAGCAAGAAAAGAAAAAGAAAAACCAAAAAAAAAAAAAA